ACUAGUGGAGGAAGGAGAUAAGUUGGACGCGAAAAAAUGGCAGUCAUUCGGCAGUGUCUUCUUUGCCGUCCUCUCUACCAAAUCUUCCCCUCCUGCAAACACUUGCUCAGUGCCUCCGUAACUACCUCUUCUAGGAGUUUUUCCCGUGCUUGGGCUUGCUCUCUCCCCCUCUCCACCAGGGCUUCCACUUCUCCAGCUCAUGUGGAGCAAAAAGGAGCUGAAACUGAUGGUUCUUCCAAAGUGAGACUGUUGACACAGAAAUUGGAAGUCCUUGGCAUCAACUGUGAUGAUUUUGUUACGCCUGGACGGUACCAUCGGUUGUUUUGCCCCAAGUGCAAAGGUGGGCAGUCAAUGGUGAGGAGUUUAUCUCUUCAUAUCAUCCAAGAUGGUUGUAGGGGUUUUGCAAUGUGGAGAUGUUUUCACACUGAAUGUGGGUGGGCAGGCCAGGCGUUUGCAGAGAGCAGAGCAUCAUACUAUGGAGUUGCCAAAAAAGUCGAGUCCUUUGGACAAAUAUCAGAGGAAAGUAUGGGCUUAGAACCACUAGGUGCAAAGCUGAUUGCAUAUUUUGGUGAGCGGAUGAUAUCUGAGAAGACGUUGCGAAGAAAUGCUGUUAUGCAAAUGUCUAGUGAUAAGAACGUCAUUGCUUUUACUUACAGACAAAAUGGGCUGCUUGUUGGUUGCAAAUACCGGACUGUGGGAAAAAGAUUUUGGCAGGAGAAGGGUACAGAGAAGAGGUUGUACGGACUUGAUGAUAUAAAUGAUGUGCCUGAAAUCAUCAUUGUUGAAGGUGAAAUAGAUAAGCUUUCACUGGAGGAAGCUGGCUUCUGCAAUUGUGUUAGUGUUCCUGGUGGUGCGCCUGGAAAAGUUUCAACUAAAGAAUUACCAUCUUUUGAAAAGGACACUGCCUAUCAGUAUCUCUGGAACUGCAAAGAGUACUUGGAUAAGGUUUCUCGCAUUAUCCUGGCAACUGAUGGCGACACAUCAGGCCAAGCUUUGGCUAAAGAGCUAGCACGCCGCCUUGGAAAAGACAGAUGUUGGCAAGUACGGUGGCCAAAGAAAGAUGAUCACAGUUGUUUUAAAGAUGCUAAUGAGGUUCUGAAGUUUAUGGGACCAGAUGCUCUGAAGAAGGUAAUUGAAGAUGCAAUGUUAUAUGAGCCAUAGAUUGCAAACAAUGGAAUAUAGAGGCAUAGCUCAUACAAAGUACAUGAUUGAUAGAAUACAAGCUUCUUCACCAUCAGAUGAAGAAAAGAGUAUAAGAUACUAGCCAUCUUUUCAACUAAUCAUGGGAGGUAAUCGAUCACUGCUAAAUUCAGAUGUGAAAGAAACUUUUGCAUAUUUGUUCAGAAGAGAGCAACUUGGUUUACUUGCAGUGAUUCAUUUCUAUAUUCUAAUUGUUAAUGAAUCUCUGAACCCUGUAAGCAUUGAUCUCAAUUAUGCUCUUUUAUCUUUCAAAUUACGUACUGUACUUGUGUAUUAUUUCAUUUUUACUUAUAAAAAGAAAUAUAAGUAUAUUAGAUGGAGAA